AUGUGUGGUUUAGGAGGAACAACUAGCCUAAGCCCCUUCUGGCUAUGGAUUUCUGCAUUCGUCAGUGUUAUUGUUGCUGUAAGUGUGGCAUCAGCCGAGCUCCAACGCUUUGACCACCCUUCCGCUAAAGCAGAUGCCUCUCUCCGCUUCCUCGUCAUUGGAGACUGGGGAAGGAAUGGAACCUACAACCAAUCUCAUGUUGCUUUUCAGAUGGGAAGAGUGGCUGACGAGUUACACGUUGACUUUGUGGUAUCAACCGGAGAUAACUUCUAUGAUGAUGGAUUGACCGGUAUACAUGACCCUGCGUUUCAAUAUUCCUUCUCAGAUAUCUACACUGCCAACAGCCUUCAAAAGCAAUGGUAUAAUGUCUUGGGCAACCAUGACUACAGGGGGGAUGUUGAAGCUCAAUUAAAUCCAAUUCUUCAGAAUAUUGAUCACAGAUGGUUUUGCCAAAGAUCUUUUAUUGUUCGCACCGAAAUCGCGGAGUUCUUCUUCGUCGAUACAACUCCUUUUGUGGACAAGUACUUUUUGAAGCCAAAGGAUCACAAGUAUGAUUGGAGAGGUGUACUUCCAAGGAAGAAGUAUUUAUCAAACCUCUUGAAGGAUCUGGAAACAGCAUUAAAGGAUUCUACUGCCAAGUGGAAAAUUGUUGUGGGACAUCAUCCUGUACGGAGCAUAGGGCAUCACGGCGACACCAAAGAGCUUUUAACACACCUCCUACCAAUCCUUGAGGCCAACAAUGUUGAUAUGUACAUGAAUGGGCACGACCAUUGCUUGGAACACAUAAGUAGCACCAGCAGUCAAAUAGAGUUCUUAACUAGUGGUGGAGGUUCAAAGGCAUGGAAAGGGGACGUUGAUAAAACUGGGGGAUACGGAGUCAAAUUUUACUACGAUGGCCAAGGAUUUAUGUCUGUUGAGCUUGACCAAAUGAAUGCCAAAGUAGUCUAUUAUGAUGUUUUUGGCAAAGUUUUGCAUGUUGUGAAUCUGUCCAAGGGAUUCAAUUAUGCAACAUAA